AUGAGUGUCUUGUCACACGUCGCCAAGCAGCCGCCCAAGACGUUCAGAGUCUACUACACCACAGUGUACAAAAGCCUCUUCACCAACCACGUUGCAACCGACCCCGCGCAUCCCCUCUACGAGACGCAGCGUCGCAGACAAGCCGAGAAGAAGAAGGAGGGACUAUGGUGGCAUGCCACAGCGGGCGCUGACUCGGCCAAGUCUAGUUGUAUAAGAACAUGGGCUAGACGGCGGCUACGCAAUGCUGUAGUCGACGAACUCAAGGCCCGCGGAUACGACGAGACUGGCAAGUUCGCCAAACCCAAGAUUGUGCCGCAACGGGCAGAUUUGAUGGCCAGAGUAGGUGCAGGUCGGACACUAGAUCUGAAGGGAACCUUGAGAUUACAUGUACAACCCCCUCUGAUCCCUGCCAAAUACGUAGACAUACGUGCAGAGGCUGGGGCUGUCAUUGAUGCUCUCGAAUCUGCUACGAAUCGGCCAUUCUACAAUCCACAUGCUGCAACCAAAGACGUGCCACGCGAGUAUGCAUCAGAGAGGUCAACCAAGGUCACGCCAGAGGUGACGACUGGUUCUGCACUCCGAUUGAACUUGUAG